ACUUUUCUUGCUGAUAAUGCGACAUUUUAAUGCAGGUUUUGAUUGAUCUUUCUUUGGAAGAAUAUGAAUACCUUUUCAAACGUUCCUCCAGGCUUUAGGUUUCAUCCCACGGAUGAAGAACUGGUUGACUAUUAUCUCAGAAAAAAAGUUGCUUCAAAAAGGAUAGAUCUGGAUGUCAUCAAAGAUGUUGAUCUUUAUAAAAUUGAACCAUGGGAUCUGCAAGAAUUGUGCAGAAUCGGAACUGAGGAACAAAACGAAUGGUACUUCUUUAGCCACAAAGAUAAGAAAUAUCCAACAGGUACUCGCACUAAUAGAGCAACAAAAGCAGGGUUUUGGAAAGCUACGGGAAGAGAUAAGGCUAUUUACUGCAGACAUUGCCUUAUUGGUAUGAGAAAAACCCUAGUCUUCUACAAAGGACGAGCACCCAGUGGACAAAAAUCCGAUUGGAUCAUACACGAGUAUCGACUCGAAACUAAUGAAAAUGGUUCUCCUCACGUAAGUAUAUCUAUGUAUAUAAUAUAA